CGCCGCGGAGGGGCGGCGCUGCUCCCCGCACGCCCCCGCCCGGCGCCCCCGCUCCGUCUCCGGGAAGGGCGCGGGGAGCCCCACGCUCCCCCUCAGCGCGGCGGCGGAGUUCGAGCCGGCGGCGGCGGCCGGGGUGCGAUGCCGUGUUAGCCCCGAGGUAGCGCCGGCGGGAAGGAGCGCGAGUUGCCGGGGCUGUGGCUGACACCAUGGGCACCGGGCGGGGGGGCGAGGCGGCCGGGCUCCCUGCGCUCCUCGGCUGAGCCCGGGGAUGUGCCGGCGCCCGGAGGAAUUAUUUUGGAACUAGCACGGAGCGGUGGGAGGAGGACGAGCGGCACAACGUUUCACAGCUGCGAGGAGGUCGUCCGGCGGUGCUGUAUAGGCAAACAAAUAUCACUUGCUGUGUCAUAGCACAUGGAUUUCAGGACCACCUGUGAAGAGACAAAGACAGGGGUUUGUUUGCUGCAGGAUGGUAACCAGGAGCCUUUCAAAGUGCGACUGCACUUAGCCAAAGAUAUUUUGAUGAUCCAGGAGCAGGAUGUGAUCUGUGUGUCUGGUGAGCCUUUCUAUUCUGGUGAAAGAACAGUAACAAUUAGAAGACAGACUGUAGGAGGAUUUGGAUUAAGUAUAAAGGGUGGAGCAGAACAUAAUAUUCCAGUGGUUAUUUCUAAGAUUUCCAAAGAACAAAGAGCGGAACUUUCAGGUUUGCUCUUUAUAGGAGAUGCAAUUCUACAGAUUAAUGGAAUUAAUGUGAGAAAAUGCAGGCAUGAAGAAGUGUUUGUUCGGUGGAGGAGGAAGAGGAAAGGAGAAUGGACUCUAUAUAAUUUUUCAGUAGUAUCCAGUGUUGGCCUGUUCCAGCCAGAUACAUGGAGGUUUCCAGAUGGCCCACCCCAUACUUCUCAACCACUAGUAUGGUACAGUAUGGUGCAGGUCCUUCGCAAUGCAGGGGAAGAAGUGACCCUAACUGUGUCCUUUCUGAAAAGAGCACCUGCUUUUCUCAAACUGCCACUGAAUGAAGAUUGUGCAUGUGCCCCCAGUGACCAAAGCAGUGGCACAUCCUCUCCCCUGUGUGACAGUGGUUUGCAUCUCAACUACCACCCCAACAACACGGAUACGUUAUCAUGUUCCUCAUGGCCAGCAUCCCCAGGACUUAGGUGGGAGAAGAGAUGGUGUGAUCUACGAUUAAUUCCACUUCUUCAUUCACGAUUUUCCCAGUACCUUCCAGGAUCAGAUUUGUGCAGGCAAAAUGCGUUCCAAGUAAUUGCUGUGGAUGGGGUUUGCAGUGGAAUAAUUCAGUGUCUUUCUGCUGAAGACUGUAUUGACUGGCUACAAGCAAUAGCAAGUAACAUUUCCAACCUCACAAAGCACAAUAUUAAAAAAAUCAACAGGAAUUUUCCCGUAAACCAGCAGAUAGUCUACAUGGGCUGGACGGAAGAACGGGAACAAGACUCCCUACAGGACCGAAUGUACACACCAAAGUUUCUAGCACUGAGGGGAUCUUCCCUGUAUAAAUUUCUAGCACCUCCAGUCACGACCUGGGAUUGGACACGAGCUGAGAAAACAUUUUCAGUUUAUGAGAUAAUGUGCAAAAUUCUCAAGGACAGUGAUCUACUGGACCGUCGGAAACAUUGCUUCAGUGUGCAGUCUGAAUCUGGAGAAGAUCUUUACUUUUCUGUGGAACUAGAGUCUGACCUAACACUAUGGGAAAAAGCCUUCCAAACUGCAACUUUUUUAGAAGUGGAACGGAUACAGUGCAAGACGUAUGCCUGUGUUUUAGAGAGUCAUCUUAUGGGACUUACCAUUGACUUCAGCAUGGGCUUUGUCUGUUUUGAUGCUGCCACAAAGGCUGUGCUUUGGAGGUACAAGUUUUCCCAGCUCAAAGGUUCUUCAGAUGAUGGGAAGAGCAAAAUCAAAUUUUUGUUCCAAAACCAAGAUACUAAACAAAUCGAAGCAAAGGAGCUGGAGUUUUCUAACCUGUUUGCAGUCCUUCACUGUAUCCACUCAUUCUUUGCAGCCAAAGUGGCUUGUUUGGACCCUUUGUAUGUAGGCAGCCAAGCCACAGCUUCUGCUGCUCCUACAACUUCUGGUACUGGCAAAUUAAAGUAUUCUACUUGACAUCCCCCAUGACAGCACUGCCACUUAACAACGAGACAUAAAAAUGUAUAAAUAUUCAUAACAUUUAGACCUUUGGUGAACCAUCUAUGUGGAAACCAAUCCUGGAGGCAAGACAUCUUGCAGCAUCAGCAGAUAAAUGGUCACGUGGGAUCAUCAUUUCAUCUCGGUUCUGCAAGACAUCAGUAAAUAAUCCUAGUCAAAACCCCAGAAUAGGAUGGAUAUGCUUUUAGUAUUAUCUAUUUGUACUUACAUAGUGCUUUAAGCAACGUUGGAAGCAAAGGAAUAAAUGGCAAAAUGAAGCACUUGAGUAUUUAAUAAAAUUUUCAAAUUGCUGUAAUAAUACACAAAUAGAAUUGUCAUUUUCCUCUUUUUAGAUGUUUUCUAAUGACAAUAUACUAAACUCUGAGUAUGAACAUAAUGCUCUAUCAUUAUAUUAUAAAUGAGAGCAAGCAUACAGUUCAUGGUGACAAAGGAGAUAAGCAUGAAAAGACAUUUGUGUGAGUACCUCCUCAAAUAAGAAAGCACUUUAAGCACUGUUGUAAAUCCAUACUUGUGUUCAUACAUGGAAUCAUGCUACUUUUUCCAUUUAGUUCGCUUCAUCUAAAAGUAACAACAGCAAACAUAUAGCCAUACUGGUCUGAUACAUUAAAAACAAAACAAAACAAACAAGCCACAAAAAGAAAAAAACCACUUUUUUAUGGAUAACUCCCUCCUCUUCAAGUAAAAAUAAUGGCAUAUGUAUUUAAUUUUAAUUAUAAAUUAAGUGCAAGUACAAACAAUAGUGUGACAUCUAUUUAUUUCCUCCCUUUUUUUGAAGAAUUAAAUACCGUAAAUCUAACAGUCUUUGUUCACAAGAGUUUGAAAUUGUUUCAGACAACUCAAUUAAUAUGUUGUUUCCAUGGAUAACCUUGAUUUCACAUCAUAGGCAGAACUUACAUUUCAUUUAAACUCUCAACAAAUAGAUAUUUUUCAUUAUGCUUGUAAAAUUAUUUUACCAUUUGAAUUCUUAAUAAGUUAUUUUAUGUAUAUAUAUUGAUAGUAAAACAGGGAUACAUUGAAUAAGCUAUAAAGAAUGCAUUCUUUGUUAAUUUCUUUGUUUUUUAAGACCUUUACAUCACUCUGGAUCAAGUACUAGUUUCAGAGCAUAAUUUAAUUAUGAAAUAUAAAGGACCUCUAAGUUUAAAAUUAAUAACUUUGUUUAAUUGCAAUUUUAUAAUAUAAUUGAAUUUUGCGCUAUGACAUACACAAAUGAAGGUGAUGGAAAAAAGUUAUAUAUUUUCGGGAGUAGUUUUUGGGGUUUCUUUUUAUUGUAUUGAAAUUAGGAUUACCUUUUUUUUGUUCUCCUCCAUUUAGACUUGUUAGUAGCAUUUACAAGAUAGGGCCACCAUCAUCCUUGUUUAGCAGGAAGACUGUCACGUCCCUUUCUAUUUGUUAAGAUGAUUAAUACUUCAAAACUGAAGCCAGAGGAGAGCUUCUCCGAAUGGGAACAAUUCAAACUGCAAGGCAAGGAAAAAAGUUGAAUGAAAUUAAGGAGCAAAUCUUGGUUUUUUAUUUGCUUUUCCUUAGAAAUAUUUGGAUUUGCAUGUGUGAGAGUGACAUUGUUUUAUAGUAUAGUUGACCUAAUUUCAUAUUAGUUCCAAAUAAUCUGAAAAUAUUUGGGGGAGGGGAACAGUUGUAUCACUUUCAAAGGUCUUCUGAUAUACACAUACUUCCUAUUAGUACACCUCCAAGGGCUACACAUUUAUUUUCCAUCCUAAAUACAUUCAAAUGAUGUAACAAUCCAUCUAUUAAAUAGUCUAAGUGGCAUCAAAAUCCAGUGUUUUCAUAGACAUCGUCAUGAUUUUUUUUUUAAUAAGAAUGGUCCCUAAAUAAGGGGGUCACAUCUGAAGGACAGAUGAGACUACCGUGGCUGUCCAUAGGAUCUUGAUCUUGGACACAAACCCUGGAUAUUUUGAAUCUAAAGCUAUAGCAGUUUAAGAGGUUUAACAAUGGUAACUCAGGCACUGCCUUUGUCUAGAAACCAAAUACUGGAAACACAAAUUUUGAGCAGAGCACUGACAGUGCUGAAAAGAGAAGCCUGAUACCUUUUAAUGACAGUUCUCAGUGCUCCCAAAUAAUCUCCUCCACUUCAGUGCAUUGCUGUGGCAUUCAGCUGUCACAGCAGUGUGGCCAUGUGCUACCACCUCUUCUGGCAAUAGCGGAGUCUGAAACUGGUCAGCUGCCGCUUGAAUGUUUUCCCUUCAACUCUUCAUGUGAUGUGCAGUUGCAUCACUGAAUCUGAGGGGUGUUUAGGAGAUGUGCUUGAAUGAGCGUAACAUUUACCCAAACCAGCACAAAAUAUGCCAUUGCAAAUUUCUGUAGAUGAAGGAAUUCUAUUAUGUGAAAGCCCCCUCACAAAAAAAAUUAAACAAUAAGGCUCUUUGUGCAGAAUGGAGUUAAUGACAUGAACUUUUGGAAAUCUGCCAGGGUAUCCUGAAGCUCUCUGUCAAGAAUUCUGUUUGUAGAACACUUGCAUUCAUCACUGAGAAUUUUGCAAUUGGGCAUUAAAUACAGAAUAUUUAAGGAACACAUUAACCUGCAAAUUGUUUUUUUUUGUUGUUGUUUUUUCUAAGGAGUUAAACUGGUGGGGCUUCAUCAGUACUUUUAUUUUCAAGAAAAAAAGUGUUAUUGAGAGAACAUAAAAUGUCAUAGCUAUGACUGCAGGUCAGUGUUGAUUUGUAAGUGCAGCAGGCAUUUGUGCAGUGAUCUGACAGAAUAUUCAGAGGUGACUCUGCAUCCAGCCUUGCCCUUGCAGAGCAACUUGGUCAGAAAUUCAGUCUUGAACCAAAGAGGCAAAAUUUUAAAUUCUGUGUAAUAACCAAUCCUGAAAUACCAAACUAAAAUUUACAAACCUAUUAAAUGGCUGGCUACAUUUUGCAUUUAAAUACCUACAUUGAAAGCAUAGUGAGCUCCUUAUGCAUAUGUCAAAACUCAGGCUUUGUGUUGCAGCCUGUCAUUUCACACAUAGCAUAUAAUGAAUACAAGUGUUUUGUAAGUCAACACAGCCCAUUGACAAUAAAAUGACAGAAUUAUAAUGAGCCAUCAGCUUUUGCUAAAAUCUGUAUGCAAGUGAAAGCAAAUAUUUUAAUAAGAGAGUAAACAAACCAAUCCAUAGCAUAAUAUGUAAUUUGUUUUCCUUAUGUCAUGAUAUUUUCAAUUAAGUUUAAUAAAGAAAAUUCUUUAUAGUACUGUGCCUAUUGAUGUUAUAUAGUAUACCAAAAAUAUGUACUCUUAAGUAUAACUAAAUGUAUUUGGCUUGAUUUGGCUUGCUUUAUGAUGGGAAUUUUAGAUUAUCUGGUCUUCACAGAACUAAUCAUAUGCUAGGAUAUAGUGUUAGCUUAUUUAUUAUGGAAGUGUUACAAAUUUGAAUACAUUUAUUCUUGAUUUCAUCAGUAAAUGAAUAUGUUUCAUUUUCCACAUCUUUUUAGAAAUAAAAGUUACAGUUUUUCAAAAGAGCUUUGCAUUCCAGUAGCACAAAGGGACCUUUGAAAUAAAAAUCAGCAUAUUUUUAGCUGUUGGCCAUUUUAUUAUGGUAAUUGAGUGCAUCAAGAACUUUGUGGAGAAGAGCUAGUUUUAAGAGGGCUGUUUUUUUAAAAGUCAUUUAUCUAUUCAAACUAGAAUUCUUAAGAAUGCGAACCAAUAUUAUACAGUAUCAAUAUGCUUUGAGAAAAGAAUAAUGAAAAAUCUUGUUUUCUAAAUUAGUUCUUAAUUCCACAAAAUUAUAUUUAUUUAUUUUAAAUGCAGAGACCCAUCAGAACACUCCAUAUGCAUGAGUAAACACGUAGUUGUCAACACUGCAGCCUGUUACUUUGAAUGUGAUUUGGUUUAUUCAAUGCCUUAAGAUGUUUCUUGUAUCAGAAAAAAUGUUAAAAAAAAAAAAACUUGGGAUCUUGAGAAUGUGCAACUGUUGCUCCUAGAAUUGAAAACACUAAGCCCUACAUUUCACUUUCUAUUUCUUUAUGUGGUGAAUUGGUCUCUGAAAAAGUCUAGUGUCUGAAAAAAAUUAAAGCUGAAUUUUAAAAGUUCUGUCUCAGGCAGUUGUGAGUCUAUGCUUAAAGCUCACACCUCUGUCUGGUUCAGUAUGAUGGGAAACAUGAAAGACUCACUUAAGGUCCAAAAAUUUAAGUACCUGUCUUAGAUGCCUGAGGUUGCAAUUCAGGCACUUCAAAAAGGAAACACAGGGUGGGCAUAUAGCUUAAGAUCUCUGAAGAGGCACGUGUAUGUGUCUGUCUUUCUCUCUGUUCCUCUAAGGAACUAGAGGUGCUUCUACUUUAGUGUUUUCAUUUUAUCAGGAAUGUGCAUUUUUUUAGCCAGGCUCCUGCCUACAGCCACUCAUGCAAUUCUUAUUAUCACAGAGCAGUCAUCAAGCACAUGAGCUGUUUCUUUCAGGAUGACACUAAGCAAGCAUCCCAGUCCUGGUGGGCUUUCAGACCAUGCAGCCCAGCUGAAAUGAGUCCAGAGGAGAAAAACCCUCUGAGAUUUUACCAGCAAGGUUGCCAGGUCCUGGUGCCACCCAUUCCUGUGGCUGUGGCAGCUGCUGCUAGUGCAGAAAAAUGGAGAAGAAGCUAAUAAAGCUAAAAAGAUGAGCUUCACAGUGUAGCCCCUGGGGCUCAGUGCCUGGAGGGGGAUGCUGUGCUGCAGCAAGAGGCAGAAUGAAGCUGAAAAGGGCUGGUGCUGCCCAGGCAAGUUAUUCUGCAUCACUUUUUCCCUCACCACACCAGGACAGUAUUGGCUGCAAGCAGGCUACCCCAUGCUGCUCAGCCCUCUCUCUGCUGCAUCUUUCUCCCCAUCUGCCACAAACACACCCCUGAAUAUUGGCUCUGGGUCCCCAAGCACACUUCCAUGUUCCAUCACUCCCAUUGCUCAGACAAAUGCCAAACUGUUCUUAGCUACAUAAUGGAGCCUCUAAACCUUGUACACGGCCAGGGGGAGUGUUAAGGUUUAUGGCAAGAGCAUAAAGUGCUUGAGUGUGUGAUUAACUUUCAGGUUAUAGCAAAUAAAGUCUUAUCUGUGCUUAAGUGCUUUCCUGACUUGGAGGGAUGUUAAGUGGAAUUAUUUUAUUCUCCUGGAAUCAGUUCUAAAAUGUCAACAUAUUUCUACUUGCUUGGCUCCAUUUUCAGGAAGUUUAGCAGACAGUGGUUCAUAGCCUCUUGGAAUCAUAAAGAAAAAAACAUUGGAAUGCUGGAAUAAAAAAAACCCCCGUCCUGUUCAGACUCUGUAUAUUAUUACAGUACAUUGCAUAAUCUAUUGAAAUAUAUUGAACAAUGUAAAAACAAAUGCUCUCAUUUACAUUUCCUUGUCAGUAUUCGCCAUGGUAUUCAUGCCUUCCACUUUCAACAACUUUCUCCACAGAAAUCCCAGCUAUCUCUUACAGAAAACUUUUGCUAUUCAGUAUAUACUAAUAUAUAAUGCUGUGUGUAUGUAUGUAUGUGUGGGGAGUGUGUGUGUGUAUGUGUCUGUGUAUGUGUGUGUGUCUAUAUAUUAGUAUAUACUAAUGGAAUAUAUUCAAUAUAUAUUAAUAAAAGUUACAUAUUAGGCACAACUGUAAAACAAAAGCAUACAUCCAUGAAGCUUUAUAUUUAAAAACUUACAAUACUAUAAAGAAACAUAUGUAUAUUAGUUGAAGAAAUGGCUAUUUUUGCAGGGUAUGCACAAUCUGGAUAUAUGAUAAUAAAUUGAUAAACAUUAACAGAUUUAUUAUUUCAUACCUCCAGGAACUUAAAGAUUUUUUUAAUUAUUCUUAUCCCUUUAGCAUAUUUGCAAUAUAUGUCAUAAAUUUUAAUUUGUUAUGGAUUAAAAUGACUUAAAAAUGUAAUAGAAAGUCCUAUAUAUUUUAUAAAUAUUAAAAAAAUUAAGAAAAGCUAUUCAAAUUAUUUAUUUCAUAUUUAGUUAAGGUUUUGUGAUUGUUUGUAAUAUGUAUUUGUGACAAGCAUAAGUCACCUAGUUGUUUAAGCUCAUUAAUGUACCACUAAUAAAAUGCUAUCUUCUGU